AAGCGUUAAACUUGAAUUUCAUGCCAGUCUUGUGUUGUGACUUCCGAGUCAACUCAGAAUCAUAGACAGUGCACUAGUAUCUAACAUUGCACUUGAUGCCGUAUAGAAGUUGACCGUGUCUCGCUAGGAGGUAGGUAUACUAGCAGUAGGACUCGUUUCAAAUUUCAAUACAGCCGUGGCGAGCAGCUCGCUAGGUGUUCUAUUGUUCCGUCUUCAUUGUCCUUCCGAACCACAGACGCGUUUGGCAAGUUGGUUCCAUCACCUGACCGCAUUCGGAAGUGUACUUAUACGCGUCCGACGGAGAUCGUCCAUUCAAGUUCUUCUUCAGCCCCCAGGCCCUGUACUUACUUGAAGAAACUUACAAGUCAACUUGACACGUUAGCGUCCAAAUUAUGGCCAACAAGCGACGAAAGGCAGCGGGUGGUCCUGCUGCUAAGAGAAGAAAGGUUUCUUCCAAGAAAACCGAUGAUGAUGUCCAAGUGGUUGCUCACCGUCGUCACCUACGUGGCCGUAGAGGUAGUCUUCAAGACAUGCCUGAAAUGCCCCUAGACAUUCUUUUCGAUAUCUUUGUCCACUUGGAACCUUUUGAUUUGUUAAAUCUAGCCAGGACUUCGAAACCGUUUCGACAACUCCUUAUGCAUCGUUCUGCGGCUCCAUUUUGGAGGGCUGCUCGUCAGAAUGUUGAAGAUUUACCUCCAUGUCCUCCCUUUCUUAGUGAACCCGCGUACGCGAAUCUCCUUUUCGACAACUAUUGUCAUGAAUGCCUCAGGCCAAAUAUCCAGACUGUAUAUUGGGUGGCAAUGGCAAGGUAUUGCAAACCCUGUUCAAAAGAAAUGUUCUAUCGGUCUUGGGAAAUUUCUGGCGCUUUUGAUGAGUACACAAAGAAACCACUGCCUGAUCCCGAUGAGCUACUUGGGUGUGAUGGCAACUAUUCUUUGCGUCGAUAUAAGCCCUAUGUCAAAGAAAUCAUGAAAGAAUGGCGACGAACGAAAAAGCCGAAGUAUGAGGAAUUUGUGGCUAAGUACAGUGCUCGUUACAAAGAGCUCUACUCGCAUUCAACCCGGUGCGAGGACUGGUAUGUGGACCGUAAGGACUCCCGGCAGAAGGAGAUCGAAGAUUUGAGGGAAGAUAGACUCGAAGACAUACUACAGCGUCUUCGCGAUCUUGGAUAUAACAGAGACAUCGAAUACGCUGAACAGGCGUAUCCGAGUGCCGGUCACCCGUUAUUGAAGAUACCAAGAGUGUUACAACCUAAACCUUUGACCGAUCGCGCUUGGAAGAACAUGAAAGAAGAAGUUCUCAGUGCAAUGGAAGAAAUACGAGCACGUCGCCUGUAUGCAACGCGGGUAGCCAAAAUCAAACGCCGAAUUGCAAAACUGGAAGAAUCCAUUGUUCCGUGGCGACGCUACGUGGGUCCAAUCAGUCCUCCUACUCAAGAAUUCCUUGUGGAACCACAGGUGGCCUCGUUAAUUGACGCCCCAAUAAGACGGUCUCGGAAACCAGGUGAAGAUAUAGAUUUUUCGAUGCUCGAACAUAUCUUCUAUGACUUCACAAACUUGUGGCGAGAUCGCAAACGCUCUGAGCCUUCCGAACUUGUCGCCUCCCAGAUUUCGUUACCCACCGACGUCGAUCCGUUCUCCUUGGCAGUAUCCCAGUACUUUCACUGCACCGAACCCGGACCGCCUGGAUAUCGUUCCUUUAUUGCAACAUAUCCGAAUUUUCUCGUUCAUCGAAGCUCGCAUGAGAUGUCUGCUCCCCCAGCCCCCGGACUUGACGAUACCUACGUGGAAAUCGUAUCGCGCUUGCACGGUGAUGUUCCAACCAGUGUUGAAAAGAUGAACAGUUUGGCAAGUACAGUCAGAGCAGUUAUUGAAGCUUGUAACCAGGAUCCUACGCGGGUCACUGUGGAGGAAAUGGAUGCUCUGGACAUUCGACUUCGAUGCACUGGGGUUGGAUGCCCGGAAGAAGGUGUUUGUGCAGUCUACACAUGGCGCGCCGCUGUUGAACAUAGAGUAUCAGACAGACACUCUAACAAAGAUGAACUUUCAUGGGAACAAGUUCCUUCGGAGCACUUCGCUGACAUCGUUACUAUGGAAGCAACGGCAAAAUCUAAUGAAGAGGCUCGGAGGAAGGACUUCACCCACUCCGCUUGGAUUUGUUCUCGUUGUCCGCGUACUUCCUACUACCAAUGGAUGGCCCGUUGUAAACGUACCCACAGCUCCUUGAUAGAUCACCUUCGAACCGAACAUAAUAUUGACAACCCUACCAAACGAGACAUGUAUUACGAUCCAUGGCGACAUGAUCGCGUGAACCCUGUCUAUUUCGUGCACAAGGACGUAGAAUCUAGCUUCCCUCGCUGGAAUCGCAUCAGCAUGGCGUUGCAGAGAGGAGAAGCUAAACUGGUUGAGUCAUCCUGGUUUGACUCCCUGCAGGCGUGAUACGACUAUGUGGGUACUUCGACAAGAAGAAACUUUGGGCUCCGAGUCUUGUUCUCGCUUGUGCUUUUCAGGCUUUUUGGUAUCCAUGAUCAUGUCAUUUCAUACUACUUUGUUCGUCCGGAUUAUGACUGUGCGAAUAGCUUUAUAUUCAUCGAAUUUUCAUGUGCAAGCUGCGCACCCGGUACUUCCUAAAAGGCGGGUGAGGGGGGAAGAUGCUCUAGCCAUUUGUAGACAUUCCUCGCUUAAAAAGGAAGUUGUGAGUUUUUUUGCAUUGAGUU